AUGAAAGCCUCCGUCCUCGCCUUCACCUCGUUCGCGACUUUCGUUGCAUCCUCUCCCACACCACGUGCAACCAAGGUCCAAUAUGCCGGCGUCAACAUCGCAGGUUUCGAUUUUGGCUGUACGACUGAUGGCUCCUGCUCCCUUACUGGCACCUCCAAGCCCUACGAUAUCGUCACCGGCGCAAAUGCCGUCGGCCAGAUGAAUCACUUCGUCAAAGACGAUACUCUCAACACCUUUCGCUUACCAGUCGGCUGGCAGUUCCUCGUCAACGGUCAGCUUGGCGGCCAGCUCAACCCUAACAACCUCGGGCAGUACGACCGCCUUGUGCAAGGCUGCCUUAGCUCCGGUGCUGUGCUAUGUAUUAUUGAUAUCCACAACUAUGCCAGAUACAACGGCAAGAUCGUCGGCCAGGGCGGGCCUACAAAUGCUCAGCUCGCGGAUGUGUGGAAGCAGCUCGCCACCAAGUACGGAAAGCAGAGCAAGAUUGCAUUCGGCGUCAUGAAUGAGCCGCACGACAUCCCGGAUAUCAAAGCGUGGGCUGCUACCGUGCAAGAAGUUGUGAUUGCGAUCCGUGGCGCGGGUGCGACUUCGAAUCUCAUUCUUCUUCCCGGAAACGGGUACACGUCUGCUGAAAGCUUUGUGCCGAGUGGGAGUGCGGCAGCGCUGGCUGCGGUGACCAAUCCUGACAACACCACAACGAACUUGAUUAUGGACGUACACAAGUACCUCGACUCGGACAAUUCGGGCACGCACACUGAGUGCGUCAAAGACAACAUCUCCAACGCCUUCCAACCUUUGGCCGAUUGGCUUCGUACGAAUAAGCGACUUGCUAUCCUGACAGAGACGGGUGGGGGGAACACCGCGAGUUGCCAGAAGUACAUGUGCGAUCAGUUGAAGUAUUUGAAUCAGAAUGCGGAUGUGUAUAUUGGAUAUACAGGGUGGGCGGCUGGAGGAUUCGCGAGCACGUAUGAGUUGAAUGAGACACCUACGCAGAGUGGGAGUAGCUGGACAGAUACGAGUUUGGUGAAGAGCUGUAUUGUGGGAGCGUGGAAGGGUGUUUGA